UGCGAGUAGUUGUAUCGAGAAAUUGAUUCUAUGAUCGACUUUCAAUCAUGCGCAAUAAUGACCUAGUUUCUUUGAAAAAAAAAAGAAAUAGCGCCGGCCCGGCCGUUAGUCUGCAGUGCAUGCAGUGUCAUUGAAUUGAGUGUCAUUAUUAGCAGUUCUCAUUUCCAUUGUAUAUUGUUUCAUUUUAUGUGUACCAUUAGAAAAAGUAACGAUUAAAGAAUUUAAUGAUUUCUAGAACUAUCUGUCUGUUAUACAUAAAGAACUGACAUACGUGAUAUGUCAGUAUAAAUCACGUGUCUUCAGUUUCAAUUCUAAUUAAUUACCAUUAGCAUUUAAGUGCGCAUAUCUUUUAAGUUUUCAGGGAAUAUCUUUUAUUUAAUUGCUUAUCUCUGUCUCAAAACAAUAUUAAAAACUAUGAGUGACAAACAUCUUGGAACGGAUUCUCCAAAGCCACCCAAAAUAGAGGGACAGGCGCGUUUAUACAGCAUGAAAUUUUGUCCUUUUUCACAACGCAUUAGAUUAAUAUUAUCAUAUAAAAAUAUUCCUCAUGAUGUUGUUAAUAUCAACUUAAAAAAUAAACCAGAAUGGUAUUCUGAGAUUCAUCCAGAAGGCAAAGUACCAACAUUUGUUGAUGCAGAUGGAAAAGUAGUUACUGAUUCGUUAAAAAUAGCAAAUUAUUUGGAUGAAAAAUAUCCUGAGCCUGCUUUAUAUAAUGAAAAAGCAAAAGACCGUGAUUUAGAAUUAUUAGAUCAUUAUUCAAAGAUUGUUGGUGUUUUUUCAAAUUGUAUACAUGAUAAGGAUAAAAGACCACUUAGCGAAAUUGUAACCGAAAUAUCAUCUCUGUUAGUAGAAUUUGAAAAAGAACUUAAAGCUCGUGGAACUACUUUCUUUGGAGGCUCACAGCCUGGUAUGUUGGAUAUAUUAAUGUGGCCAUGGGUUGAACGCCGAAAAGCUUUACCGCUAAUUUAUAAGGAACCCACGAAUUUUGAUCAUGAAAAUUUUCCGCAUAUCCUGAAAUGGAUGCAGGAAAUGAAAGUACAACCAUUUGUACAGGAAAAUGAGUGUUCGCAUGAAAAAUUUGCCGAAUCAAUCGAGAAUAUAAGAGCGGGAAAGCUUGAUUACGAUAAGCUUUAAACCCCUUAAUAUGUGAUAAUACAGAUUUUGAUUUAUAUAGGUUUCUCAAAUGAUUCAUACGGGGUAUAAAUUACAGUAUUACAGUAAUUGUUUAAUUGAAUUUCUCGUUAAUGUUUAAAACAUAUCGAACAGUAUUGCUUAUAAAUAGGAACAGUUACUAUAUGAAUACAUAUAAACGAGCUUUAUAACUCUUGCCUUCUAUUAUGACAAAUAUACUGUUUAGAUAAAGCAACUUGGACUUUA